AUGGAUUUUCGUAACAACAAAAAUAAUAAUGAUUCAAACAAUGUAAUUAUAAUAAACGAUGAAAUAAAUUCUGAUAUUUCAUUAGAAAGUUGUGAAGAGGAGGUUGAUAAUUAUGAUCAAUAUUGUGAUAAUUUUUUAAAACAUAAAAGUGCUAAUACAAAUAUAAAUGUUAACCAUAACUAUAACGAUAAUUUAAAAAAUAAAAACAAUAAUAUUAUCAUAGAUCUAACAUUAAGUGAUAAUUCAAAUAAAGAUUUUGUAGAACAUGAAAAUGUAAAAAAAAAUUCGGUGGAUAAUUUAAGAGAAGGUAAUAAUCCUUCAAAUAUUUCGGUAUCUAAUAAAGAGUUUAUUAAUUGUUAUAAUAAUGAUAAAGUAAAAAAUAUUAAAGAUAAUGAAAAACAAAUUGAACAAAAUAAUGCAGAGAAUGAAGGAAGUCAAAAAAAAAAUUAUAUACAUAUAAAUAAUACAUCCUUUAUGAAUAUAUCAUGUAAUGAAAAAAAUAAAAAUGAAAUAAUUAAUGAAUUUAAAAUAAAUACAAAUGAUAAUAUUAAUAAUAAUACACAUUUCGUACAUACAAUAGAAGAAGAUACCCUACAUUCAAAUAAAGAUAUUAAUUUUAACUAUAAUAAAAACAAUUGUAUUAAUUUCUUAUAUAAUAAAAGAAAUUAUGAACAAAUGAUGGAAAAUAAUAUAAGAACUGAUAAAAAUAAAAAGCAUAUAAUUAUAGAAAAUGCCAAGACAACAAAUAUUACUAGUCCGUGUAUUAAUUUAGAAGAUAUAAAUGAACAUGAACAUUUAAAUCAAACUCCACAAAAAAUAAAAAAAAAAAAUUAUUAUUAUAACAACAGUCAUAAUAAUGUAAUAGAUUUAGAUAAAGAAAAUGAAGAAACAAAAAAUUAUUGUUUCUAUAAAAAUGAUCAUUCAUCAAGUAAUAAGAAUAGAAAAAAAAAUAGUCCAAAUCAUACUAAUCCUUUAAAAAAUAAUAUGUUUAGAAAUAUAUUAUUUAAUAAAAAAUUUAAGAUAGAAGACUUGUAUUAUAUAAAAUUAAAAUAUGAUGAUUUAACAAAUAUAGAAAAAAAAGAAGAAGAAAAUGUUAAAAACUUUUAUAAUAAAUAUUAUAAAUGUUCAUUUUAUGUAGAUAAAAAUAUAGAGAAUAUAUGUUUAAAAAAAUAUGAUAUAUGUAACUAUUGUAAAAAUUGUUUAAAAUUUUUAAAAUUUUUAAUAAUUCAUGGAAAUAAAUAUAAAGGAAAUUUAAUCAAUAUUUUCUUUAUAUAUUCUGAUAUUCAACAACUUAUAUUUACAUAUAAAUGUGAAAAAAAACAUUUAUUCAAUAUUUCAUUAUUUCAUGUCAUACACAAUUUAUGGUGUCCUCAUGAUUUCUGCCUUUUUCAAUGUAAAGGUAGUUACAACAAAAACUAUGCUACCGAAUUUUUUCGUUUAAAAGAAUUGGAUAGUAUGGAAAAGCAAAAAAGAUUAUUCCUACAGGCAAAAGUAUUUUGUCUAUUUAAUUCAUACGGAACUUUGCCAGUGAACAACAAAAACGUCGAAUCGGAGUGCACCAACGAUAUUGACAGGAUUAUAAAGAAUGCAAAUAAUCCGUGGGAAGUGCUUCAGAUGAACAUGUAUACCAAACUGGAUAUCUCAGAUAAAACGGAAUUGAAAAAAAUGGCAAGAAAAAAUUAUCAUAAGUUGGCAUUAAAAGUUCACCCCGAUAAAAAUAAAAAUGAUAAUGCAUCCUUGGCGAUGAACAUUUUAACCAACUCAAUGCAAAGCAUAAUGUCAAUAUAA